GGAACAUGGCAGUUUUUCUUUCUCCGGCUCCCCAAACGGACGCACGUAGUGGCAGAGCAGUUGAAAGUUUCUUUUCGUCGCUCUUUGGUCUCCUGCAUCGCAUCGACGAUGGCGAGGCUCGGCACGAUCCUACUGACGCUUCUCGCCGGUUUCCUCCUCUCCGCCUCACGCGCGCUCGCCGCCGACCACGUCGUCGGGGGCUCGGUGUGGUCCAUCCCGCCGAGCGCCGACCUGUACAGCGCCUGGGCGGCCAAUAGGACGUUCCUCGUCGGCGACAACCUCGUUUACAGGUUCGAGAUUGGGUUCUACGACGUGGUGCAGGUGUCCAGGAGGGAGUACGAGGACUGCACCACCGACGACCCCUUCAGGACCUCCCGCGCCGACCCCGCCGUCGUCCCGCUCGACGCCGUCGGCGUGCGCUACUUCGUAUGCAGCGUCGGCAACUACUGCAGCCUUGGCGUCAAGCUCUAUGUCACGGUUCAGAAUCCACACUAGACUGCCUGCUCAACAGGUCUUCAUCAUGUAACCGCAGGGUGUA